AUUCAUCUAUAUAUAUCUAUAAUGCUGUUGUUAGGGAUGGUGAUGUGGCAAGUUACCAUGUUAGGAACCUAAUUUUCUCUUUUUUUCCUAAUUUCUAGCUAAAAAUCUAUUAAUUGCGUAUUAUUAUUUAUUAUUAUUAUUAUUUAUUUUAAAAAAAACUAAUUUAUUCAAAAAAUCUAAUCUCCAUUUUUUAGUCACUCCUAACCUAUCUGCCGCCCAUUUUUUUCUUCUCUUCUCUUCCUUUUCUUUGCUUCCUCUUCCCUGUUAUUCUCUCUUCUAUAUUCCCUCUUCUCUAUGAUUUAAGGCUUUAGGUCAAUUUCAAGUAAACAUCUUUUCCCUAUUACCUUUGGCAACCAAAGACCAAGAAGAAGAAGAUGUUUGGCAACCAAAGAAGAAGAAGAAGAAGAGCACAAUCUUUCGGUGGAGGAAAACCCAAUUGACCAGAUCAAACACCCAACAGAAAAUAAAAAAAAAAAUCUUAUUUGGAUUGCGUAUAGUAUACUUCAUGGAGUACUCUUUUCUUAGUGACUUACACAAUGAAUCGGAGAGUUGGAUGAUAAGGGUUAGGGUAUGUCGAAUGUGGGAAUCUCUUAACACUAAGAAAAAUGGAGAAUUGAUUCACCUCAACUUGAUUUUUAUUGAUGAGCAGGAAAAUCUAAUCCAUGCCACCAUCACAAAAACUUUAGUUCCUAGGUUUAAGAACCUAUUGAGUGAAGGCUCCUUGUAUAGUAUCAAGGGUUUCAAGGUUGUCAAAAGCACAGGGGAAUAUAGACCACUUUCCAAUGAGUAUAGGAUUAUUUUUUUGGUUGGAACUUCUCUCAUGAAGUUAGAAGAAGAAACGAUUCAGAUUCCAAUUAAUGGAUUUCAAUUUAUUACUCCAAAUUUAAUUGAUUUGCGUGUUAAUAAUAAUGAAAUACUCUCAGAUGUUGUUGGGUGUCUACGUGGUGUGGGUGAUUAUGAAACUGUUGGAGGGGGUUGGAAAAAAAGAGAUAUCACCAUUCUAACAAAUUAUUCGGAGACAUCGAAGAUUACUUUGUGGGGAGAUUUGGGGAAGAUGUUCGAACCAAAAUUAUAUGAGAAGGAUAAUGGCCCUGUGAUUGUGAUUGUAACUUCAACAACUAUUAAAAAUUUUAGAGGUGAAGUUAGUUACUCUACAACAACUGCCAGCAAAAUAUACAUAAAUCUGAAAACAGAUUAUGUAGCAUCAUUAGUAGAAAAAUUUUCUACCAUCUCCAAUGGUGUUGAAGUGAUAGAGAGGUCAAAUGUGAAUAAGAUUUCACCUGAGGAAGAGAUGUUCCUUAACAGGAUGAACAUUGAAGAACUCUUAAAGACUGAUUGGAGUCCUCAACUUAAGGAAUAUUUCCUUACUGUGAGGGGAAAAAUAACAGAAAUAGACAACACAUUUGGAUGGUACUAUAUCUCCUGCCAAAAAUGCUUUAGAAAACUUGAACUUGAAGAUGGUGUUUAUAAAUGUUCCAAGUGCAACAACAAAUGUGACUAUCCUCUUGUGAAGUACAAAAUACAUAUAAAAGUUGAGGACAAGACUGCAGAGACAACUUUGGUGAUAUUUAAUGAUAUAGCUGAGAGCUUACUUGACACAGCAGCAAACAAGUUGUUUAAACAAACAACCAAUGAUGUUCCAACAGAAAUUCAAAGUCUUUGUGGCAGAGAAUUUGUUUACAAGUUGAAGUUGAAUACGUUUAAUUUGAAAUAUGGACAUGAGAAUUUUACAGUGUCAAAGGUUUUCAAUCUGAAUGAGAAAUUAGAAGAGCAAGAUGAGUUGAAGAAAAUAAAAGAUCAUAAGGAAAAAAAUAAUAAUACUAAUGAAGAAAAUGAGAAUAAAAAUCGAAAGGAGUUACAUUUUAAAGACAUAACUGCUGCAAAAGAUUUAGAAGAUUCUGAUGAAGAUUAUCAUCAUAGCAGUUCUCUUACCAAAAAAAAUAGAAAAAACAUAAUUAUUGAAGAUGAUAGUGAUGAUGAAAAUAUGAAUCAAAAGCGAUUGAGAAAAUAGUGUAAUUAGUAUUAUUGCAAUCCAUCUUGUGGAGUCCUUUGUUUUAAAUUUUAUUUUAUUUUGAUAUAGUAUUUGUGGUGUGAUGAGAGUUUUGUUAUUUUCUUAUUUAUGUACUGUUUAAGUGUGAUUUGAUGAAAUACUUUAAUUAUAUAUCGUUUAAGUGUGUUAUUUGUCCUA